GGUUGGUUUAAGAAGCUUUGCAUAUGAUCGAUGGUCCAAGUGGUACUAUUGUAGUGAUGACUUUUCCCUUCCAUUCUUUCUCAAAGAUGGCGCAAGCAAGCUCCCAAUAGAAGGUGAUCAUGAGAAAAGGGCUCUUCUUGGAGGGCGCCCCACUUUCGUCCACAUCUUUGAGAAACUUGGCUAUUACCCGGGUACUGGAGACACCGAGGAAAUGGGAAAAGCAUUCCUAGAAGCUGUGUUGGUAUUUUGUGAGGCAAGGCGGGUCGUAUGGAUAUUCAUGGAAGUGAAGGAGAGAAUUAAAAGGAAGGAAGAACCAAGGGACUUAGACUGCACCAUCCCUGGUAGAGAAAUCCACAUGCACUAUGCGUGGGGUGAUGUUUCGGAUUGGGGUCUUGACUCCAAACUAGUGUUAACUUCUGCCCAGAAAGGAGUGUACACGCCACCUAGGGACGACGAUGGUAAGGCAGAAACUCUAGUAGUAAUUGACAAGAGGAGCACGUUUGAGAGACUUAUCGCACACGGAAGGGAAAGUGGACAUCUGGGGCUGAUAAUGCGUGAUGACGGUGUAUUGGCUCCGGAGGGCAGCCGGGUGCUCAUGCUGUUGAGGAAGAAGAAGGAUCAGUUGGGAGCUAAAUGCCGUGAACCGUAUUUCCGUGAAGUGAAGGAGGAUGAAGACGAUGAGUGACGGCUGUACGUUCUGUGCUCCAGCAGGUCUGUUCUUUGCUUUGUGAAAGACCUAUGAGGCGUCUCGAUCUAUCUCUAUAGAUCUUGAUGCCUAAUAUAUAA